AAACCUUAGAGCUGAGCUCUCAGACUGUGGAGAAAGACACUGUAUUACUGGGCUUCGAGAAAGGAUUGUUUUCCGAUUCAUGUUUACGAGAGUGUUGUUUCAUGUGUAUACUGGAACUGAAGCUGAGCCAUUCAUUCUGUCAUCAAUAAGAUUGUCUAUGACUGAUCUUUUCUGCACACCGUGGGAUACUUGUCUCUCAGCGGGGGGGAUGAAAUGAGUGAGUGACAAAGGAGAGGAUUGUGGAGUUAAUCCCUAAAAAGAAUAAGGGUUACUGAAGCACUCGAUUGUUCGGGAUUAAAAGGAAGCAGCAAGUACAUUUUUAAGAAGGACUGUGGCAAAGGGGUUGAAAGUAUGCAGGUGCAGGUGAUUAAAGAACAGACAGACAAUUGUAAUCCAGGUGCAAAGGGUGACGGCAAAACAAACAGUAAAUAAUAAUGGAGGUAAUGGGCAGAGGUCAUGGUCCUGCAACCCAGUAAUGAACUGGAGCCCUUGGCAUGUCUCCUUGAUCAAGCUGACACAUAACUGCAACUGGAUUACGUUUUUACAGUUGGUCUUACACUUUGCUAUAUAUUUGGUGUUUAGACGUUCAAACUAUAUAUCACCUGAAUGCUGACCAUUGUGGAUUGAUGUUUUCUUGAUCUUCCCUCAGCCACAUUCCUCCUGCAAGAGGUAUUACUUAUGACUUUUUAGUGAUGUCUUUGUCUCUCAUUGGCCCCUUCAGCUGUGCUACAUCAGUACUGCUAGGUAGCUUUCUUGUCAUCCUGACGUUGACAUACUGCUCAGAACCUUAAAAUAACUUGUAGGUAGAACCUCCUAUUUUUAACACUUGGGACAACUAUUUUGGAAGCUUAACAUAAAAGAAAAUGCUCAGGAUGAUGCAGAGGAAACAGAAAGUCCUGACCCUGUUGUGCAUCGUUCUCACCCUGACCACUGUUGUGUUGAGGUACUCCUACCACGAGUCUUCCUCCAUGUACUAUCUGAAUAUACUUCAUGGCUGGUCAGACAGAGCCCUGUCCAACAAGCCCUGUGCCUGUGAGCACUGUGUCUCCGAGGCUCAUACUUCUCCCUGGUUUGAUGAGCGUUUCAAUCACUCCAUCAGGCCCCUGAUGUCUGAAAACACUGUGCUGUCUGAAGACACCUACAUAUGGUGGCAGAUGCUUCAGCAGGAGCAGGAUCCUGCCAACUUCACUGUGGUAAUGAAGGAGCUGUUUAAGAUCAUCCCCAGCAAAGAAAUGUACCUGGACUGGGGGGCCCCUCGCUGCAGGAAGUGUGCUGUCGUCGGGAACUCUGGGAACCUGAAGGGAUCCAGUUACGGCUCCCAGAUUGACCUCAAUGACUUUGUGUUCAGAAUGAACCAAGCGCCAACAGCUGGACAUGAAAAGGAUGUGGGCAGAAGAACCACUCAUCACUUAAUGUACCCAGAAAGUGCCAAACACCUUCAACCUAGUACCAGCCUUGUACUGAUUCCAUUCAAAAUCCUUGACUUGCAGUGGCUAGUGAGUGCGCUGACAACAGGAAACAUCACACAGACAUAUACUCAAGUUUUAUCCACAAUCACUGCCAGCAAAGACAAGAUCUUAAUCUUCAACCCAACCUUUUUCAAAUACAUAUCCAACAACUGGCUUGAAAACCGAGGGAGGUAUCCAUCCACUGGAUUGCUGACAUUAGUGUUUGCUAUUCACAUUUGUGAUGAGGUGAAUGUUUAUGGAUUUGGAGCAAACAGUGAGGGCAAGUGGCAUCACUAUUGGGAAGACAUUGAAGGAGGGGCCUUCAGACAAACAGGGGUCCACGAUGGGGACUAUGAAUAUAACAUCACCAGAAUACUCGCCGAUAUCGGCAAAAUUAACUUUUUUAAGGGGAGAUGAUGCAUUCUCACCUUGUAUAAUUGAGAAAAAAAAUGGAAGAUUACUUAAAGUGUUGUCCGAGGACCAAGCGCAGAAAAAUCAGUUACAGUAGCAGACCGUUUAUAGAUUGUAGAGGCUGCAGCUGGUGCUGAAAGUAGCACACUUAAGAAGGACUUCACAUCCAGUACAUCGGAGCAGGACUCGUGUACAGUGACAUUUUGCAUGGUACUGCAACAACUACAACUACACAACACAAGCCUUCUGAAAUUCCCACAAUGGAGAGUUAUGACCCAGCCAGGCCUAUAAAUAACUAUGCAUUUGAGAAUGUAUUCAAUUUCAGUGAUUUUAUUCAGUGCUGAUGAUGACAGUGAUUAUGAUGCCACACCCAAUAUCAGGGAGCAUUUAUUGUUUUAAUUAUUUUUGACAUCCUGACUGCUUUUUUACACUUUUGAAUUUCAGUUCAGUUUCCAAGAUGGGGUCCUAGGGACCCUUCAGAAGAAAUUCAGAACUACAAUUCCCAGUAUGCCCCAGUGCACAUACAACUGCAUCCAGAAUUAUUCACACCCUUGAUUCAAUGUUACAGAAAGUUGGUUUUAGCAACAACAAAAAGUGUACAUAUUUUAUUUUUUUGCAUAAAUCCAUGCAAACAUGAAACAUUGUCAGUCUCUAUAUAUCGCAAAAACAUUUCUGUCCAAAGUAAUUGCAUUUGUUUAGGGGUGUGAAUAAUUCUGAACCUUCAGUUUUUGAAAUAACAUGCAAAUAUGUUGACAAAUUGCAAAAGUCCAAUACCGAAUGUCUGAAAAUAUUAAUGUUUUCAUUCAUUUAUGCAGCAAAUGCUGAAUGUACACUUGCAUUUAUUUUGCUAAAACCCAUUCUAGUAUAUGAAGGGUGUGAAUAAUACCGGAGGCAGCUGUAUGUAUUAUGGGGAGAAUGGGAAAUUAUAGUUCUGAAGUUUACCUGUAGGGGUAUCUGAGACGCCAUCUAGGAAACUGAACUGAAAUUUAAAAAGUGUAAAAAAAAACUUUUAAGAAAAGCUCUAAUUAUUACCUGUAAAGCAAAAUAAAAUACUUUAUUUUGGAGACUGUGGUUUAAAUAAUUAUUUGUACAGUUUGGUUUCUAGUAAUAAGUAAUAGUAUUGUUUAUUGGUGUUUUUACUACCGGUAUUUUAAGUACACUGCUAGUACACUAAUGCUACUAUUGCCAUUUUUAGUACAUUAUUGGUUUUAUAUGUCCAUUACUAUUGGUGUCCGUGUUAUAUUUGUCAACUUGCAUAUAUUUGAGACGGACAAAAUUAAGUGGGUCCAACAUGGUUAGCCCAAUUAGGGCCCAUAAUGCAGCCCUCUUUAAACCCACAUGGGCACCACUUCAAAAUGCUGGCUGGGAAUUUACAAUGAUAGUCCUAGAAAUAAAACAAAACAUAUAAAACAACGAUAACAGUAAAAUAAAAUUUAAAAAAUCAGCAGGG